AUGGUCGAAGGUUGUCCACCACUCCGUCUCUUGCUUAUCGGAAGUCCCGGCGCCGGAAAGGGAACACAGUCGGGCAGGAUCCAAAACAACUUUGAGGUCAGUACCAUCUCGAGUGGAGAUCUCCUUCGCAAAAACAUUGCCCAAGGAACAGAGAUUGGCAAACGGGCCGCCAAGGAGAUGAAGAACGGCGCCUUUGUCUCGGACGAGGUCAUGGUCAAGCUCAUCGAUAGUGAGUUGGACAAGCUGGGAGCAGAGCAAGGAUGGCUCUUGGAUGGGUUCCCCAGGACGAUGACGCAGGCAGAGACUCUUGAUCAUACUCUUGAUAGUCUGAACCAGCCGCUCAAUCUUGUCAUUCAUCUCAAUGUUCCCGAGGAAGUUAUUCUCCAGCGUAUCAUGGAUCGUUGGGUGCAUAUCCCUUCGGGAAGGGUGUACAACAUGACAUACAAUCCUCCCAAGCGUGCCGGUCUGGAUGAUGUGACAGGCGAGGCUCUUGAGCGCCGACCCGAUGACAAUCCGGAAACAUUCAAGAUUCGUCUUCAAAAGCACCAUGAGCUGACAGAGCCCUUGCUGGAUUACUACAAGAACAAAAACAUCCUCGUCAGCCUCGCAGGAAACACCUCCGACGAAAUAUACCCGCAGAUUCGCGAACUGCUCCAGACUCGGUUCAAGCCCGAAGAAUCUCCUUCCGAGGCCGAAGGCCAAGGUCAAGCCUAG